UCAUCAAUCAUCAUCAUCAUCAUCAUCAUCAUCAUCAUCGUCAUCAUCAUCAUCAUCAUCAUCAUCAGUUUUGUCCACUUCGCCAAUUCAUUAUAUCGAAGUACCAUUCCUCCACAUUCUUCGUACAUUGCAAAAGCCGUGCUAUUUUCUAUUCUGUGAUAACGCUCUCAAACAGCGAAAGUCGUAAGUAAUUCAUUAUUCUAAUAACUCUUCACGGUGACUAUAAAUUGGUUUUGGAGGCAAAAAAGAAAGCAUUGACGUUUUUACAACAGCAACUAAAGAGUAACGGAUGUGCAUUGUAAGGCAAGGAGCUGGGACUCUGGCAUUUUAAGAGGAGGUGGCUGUAGAGGAGGUGCAACGGAACAUGGUUAGCAGAGAUCGACUGGUACUGCUUUGUUUUCUCGUCAUCUUUACAGCCAGUCAUUUUGUUGAAGGGACUGGAUCCGAGCAUGACUUGAAGAAGAAGCUGAUUACAAACUAUUUAAAAACAAUUAGGCCAGUCAAGAACCACAGCAACCCAGUUGAUGUUAAAUUUGAUAUUGCCUUGAGAGCAGUCCUUGAUUUGGAGGAGAAAAAACAAGUUCUCUCUACUAGUUCGUGGAUUCGAAUUUACUGGAAAGACGAGAAUUUGGUUUGGGAUCCAAAAAACUACAGCAACAUUAAAUCAAUUAAUUUUCUCGCAGAAGAAAUAUGGAAACCUGACGUGGUGCUUUAUAACAGCGUCGACAACGAUGGAGGUGGCAUUCUUGAUACGUCGAUGACAACAAACAUAAUCGUCAGUUCUGAUGGCUCCUGCUCUUGGUUUUGUCCGCUGAUCCUUCAAACAGAAUGUAGCGUCGAUAUCAAAUACUUUCCAUUUGACAGACAGGUUUGUCCAAUGCGAUUCGGUCUGUGGACAUACAACGGACUGAUGGUUAACUUCUCAAUCGUAAGAGACACAGGAGACACUAAAAAUCUGGUUCCAAGUGGCGAAUGGAAUCUUGAAGCCAUGCCUGGUAGGCGCAAAGUCUUCUUUUAUGAUUGUUGUCCAAAUGUGCCAUACCCUGUCAUUGAUUAUGACGUCAUAAUCAUCAGACGAACAAGCUUUUAUUUGCUGAAUUUGAUUUGGCCUGGAAUAUUGAUUGCCGUACUGGCGGCCAUCACCUUCCUUCUCCCGCCGGAAAGUGGCGAAAGAAUUGGCCUAGGUAUUACAAAUCUACUGGCCAUGAUGGUGUUUCUCCUGCUUAUUUCUGAAAGCAUACCGCCAACAAGUGAUGCUGUGCCACUUGCAAGCAACUUCUUCAGCGUUGUUCUUGUCCUCUCCGCUUUGGCGCUAAUCGAGAGUUGCAUCGUCAUCAAAUUUCUGCAUUACAGCAACUCGGACGUCAGCGAAGUGCCACGAUUUGUUCGUUAUUUCAUAAACGAUUUAUUGGCAAGGUUAGUCUGCGUUGAUGGCAGCAGCAAGAAGCGGAAUUCGGUGGACCUCCAUGAACCAAAGGGGGUGGAAAACCCUAUUAUGAAAAGAAUUUCUUAUGGUGAUAUUGCUCUUCACAAAAACAACCCUUAUGGUGAUAAAGCUGUUCACAAGAUCAAAGCUUCACGGGAGGAAGAAAGCGACCUCAAGUUAGUUCGCCGAGCCCAAGUCCAGAUGAGCGUUGCUGAAAUGGAAAUCGCCGAAGGAGUAAAGAAGAUUGUUUCAACCAUAACAAACCAAGAGAGGGCAGAGGAUGCAAAAGCAGAAUGGCGCAGGGCUGUGCAGGUUGUCGAUAGGUUGUCCACCAUUGUGUUUCUGCUUGCACUUAUUGGCGGAUGUGCUGGAAUAUUUGCUUCUUCACCGCGAUUCUACGUUGCGUAAUCAUAGGAUGGCCUACUUUGAUUAAACGUAUUUUCUUAUGAGGGUUCAGUGUUCGAAUAUGUAGAUGUGUUUAUUUUUUUAAUGAGAACAAAAUUGUUUGUAUACCCAGUGUUUGAGGCUGAUUUUCUUCUGAGAAACUGUCAAUAUGAACCAGUAUUAAAAAAUAAAGAGGCUCAGAUGACACUUUACAUUAAAACAUUUUUGUCUUAGCUUCUUUUGCUUUUAUUGUGGUGUACAAGGUGUUUUCAUUUCCUCAUUGGUAACUGCCCAGGAGCAUUUGUUUCUUCUUCGUGCUUUAGCGUGUGAUCAUUGUCUCAAGGCAUUCGUUGACACAAUAGAAUUAUCCAUAAAUAAACAGUAAGUGCACUGCGAAGGAGUAAACGUCUUUAUAUUGAAAGUUACGUUCUUGUGAUUGUAUUCAUUCGAAAGUUUACUCGAACUCUUCGAUAUCCUCUUUAUGAAUUAUGAAUACUGGAUUUUUAUUUGCCUUUAUCAUCUUGAAGUAGUGCGUUGAAUAACAUUCAUUUAGCGUUUAUAAUAUUUGCUUCGUUCGUGACGUUAUUAAAAGAAAUUGGUUUUGUACGAUAAAAAUUUUUUUUUACAUUUUGCCUGUCAGUCUAUCAAGUUAAAAGGUAGUCUCGUACUCUCAGAUUGGAAUCCUUUCAAGGGCAGGGCAACACCUCUGUGACAAUGGCAGGGUGUCUAGUUCCUGUUCUCGCGGUUGAUGGCUACCCUUUCUGUGGCCACCCACUACUCAAAUACUACUUUUUAGACAAGGACCUAGCUGGAUGUUGCAAAGGCUUAUCAAUUUAUAAAGACUGAAUUCAAGUUUUAAAAGAACCUCCAAAUCUCUCCCAGUGUAUCUACAACCAUUCAAUAUAUGAAGAAUAGUGAAGAUUUUUCGUUUAUUAGAGGCAAUUAAAUUGAAUAAAGAAGACGUUCAACGAAAAUUUUGUUAACCGAAGUUGUCUUCUCAAUUGCUUUCCCUCGCAAAGCUAAGUUGUCUUGAAGCAAAAUGUGACUUA